AUGUCCGAAGCCGAGUUAAAGCGCCUCGCUCGUUCCGAGUACUGGGAUGAGCGUUACGCCAAGGUUGGCCCGGACGAGCAGGUUCACGAGUGGUUUCGGACUUUCAACGAUCUCGAGCCCUUUUUGGACCGGCAUCUUUUCCAGGUCCGCGCCCCAGAGACGGCGCCUACGAUCCUCCACCUGGGAUCAGGAGACAGCACAAUUCCCGAAGACCUCUCAAGAAGAGGGUACAAGGACCAAAUUUGCGUCGACUUCUCGCCUGUGGUGGUAGCGGCCAUGUCGAAGCGGCACCAGGAUGUCGAGGGCAUCACUUGGCAGCACGCCGACGUCCGCCAGAUGGAUCAGAUCCCGUCCGAGUCGGUAGACGUGGCGUUUGACAAGGGCACAUUGGAUGCGAUGAUCCACGGGAGCCCUUGGGAUCCGCCCGCGGAGGUUCGUGAUAAUACUGGUCGAUAUAUCCGAGAGGUCUUUCGCGUGCUCAAACCCGACGCGACCUUUAUUUAUGUAACAUACCGGCAGCCUCACUUUAUCAAACCUCUCCUCAACUGUGACGGGGUGAAAUGGGAUAUCAAGGUGGAUAUAUUGGGAGGUUCUGAGAGCUCUCUGGAUUAUCACGGCUUUAUUCUCAGCAAGGCUACGACAUCAGAGGUAGGCUCUGCAGAGGCCCAGACGUAG